AUGGCACGCCAAUUCUUCGUCGGCGGCAACUUCAAAAUGAACGGCUCCGUCAACACAAUCAAAGACAUUGUCUCCCACCUCAAUGCUGCCAAAGUCGACCCAGCCACCGAAGUAGUCAUCGCUCCACCAGCCCUCUACCUCCUCCUCACCCGCGAGCACCUUCGUCCCGGAAUCGAAGUGGCCGCCCAAAAUGUCUUUGACAAGCCCAACGGAGCCUUUACGGGAGAAAUCUCCGUCGAACAACUCAAAGACAGCAACAUCACCUGGACCAUCCUCGGACAUUCGGAACGCAGAGUCAUUCUCCAAGAGACGAACCAAUUCGUGGGAAGCAAGACCAAAGUCGCACUCGACGGAGGACUGGGCGUCAUUCUCUGCUGUGGAGAGACGUUGGAGCAAAGAGAAAGCAACAAGACCAUGGAUGUGGUAUUGGCUCAACUCAAAGCCGUAUCCGACACGGUCAAAGAUUGGAGCAAAGUGGUUGUCGCCUACGAGCCCGUCUGGGCGAUUGGAACGGGUAAAGUUGCAACGACGGAGCAGGCUCAAGAGGUGCACAAGGGAAUUCGGGAGUGGAUUGCAAAGGAGUUGGGAGCCGAGGCGGCAGAGAAGACGAGAAUCAUCUACGGUGGAAGUGUGAGUGACAAGAAUUGCAAGGAGUUGGCUAAGCAGGCGGAUAUUGAUGGUUUCUUGGUCGGUGGUGCGAGCUUGAAGCCCGCUUUUGUGGAUAUUAUCAAUGCGAAGCAGUAG